GGUGCAGACCUAGGCAUACCACCGACCCCCUCCCACCUUCCUUCCCCCACACCCACGCCAAGGAGGGUGCUCACUGGAGACCAGGCCAAGUACAGGGCUGGCCUGGGAUCUCCAGACCUCACAGCAUGGAAAGGUCCUUCCAGCUCCUGGCCUGUCUGGUAUGCAUCAUUCUGAUGGGAUCAUUUGUGAAAACUGAAAGAGACACUACUGGGAACUUGCUCAACACAGAGGUGCACAGUGCGCCGGCGCAGCGCUGGUCCAUGCAGGUACCGGCGGAAGUCAGCGCGGCGGCCGGCGAGGCGGCCGUGCUGCCCUGCACCUUCACGCACCCGCACCGCCACUACGACGGGCCGCUCACUGCCAUCUGGCGCACGGGCGAGCCGUACGCGGGCCCGCAGGUAUUCCGGUGCGCGGCGGCGCGGGGCAGCGAGCUCUGCCAGACUGAGCUCAGCCUGCACAGCCGCUUCCGGCUGCUUGGCAACCCGCGCCGCAACGACCUGUCGCUGCGCGUGGAGCGCCUCGCGCUGGCCGACGACGGGCGCUACUUCUGCCGCGUCGAGUUUGCCGGCGACGUCCACGACCGCUAUGAAAGCCGCCACGGCGUCUGGCUCCGCGUGACGGCGGCCCCGCGGAUCGUCAAUAUCUCGGUGCUGCCGGGCCCAUCGCACGCUUUCCAUGCGCUCUGCACCGCCGAAGGGGAGCCGCCGCCCGCCCUCUCCUGGUCCGGCCCGGCCCUGGGCAAUGGCUCGGCCGUCCUGUCGGGCCCAGGUGAAGAUCACGGCCACCAGGUGACCGCCGAGCUGCCCGCGCUGACCCACGACGGCCGCUACACGUGCACGGCCUCCAACAGCCUGGGCCGCGCCGAAGCCAGUGUCUACUUGUUCCGCUUCCGCGGUGCCUCAGGGGCCUCGGCGAUCGCCCUCCCGCUUGGCGUGCUCGGCCUCAAAGCGCUGCUGCUGCUCUGCGUCCUGGCCGCCCACGCCGCCGCCCGCCGCCGCCUGGAGCACCCAAUCAUGCAGGACACCGCACCCCGGCCCCAGGCACAGGAGUCCAAUUAUGAAAAUUUGAGCCAGAUGAGCCCCCGGGGGCCACCAGCAGCCAUGUGUUUACCAUGAGGAGCCCCUUGGCCAUCAGCAUCCACUGGUCACCAUGAGGAGUGAAGACCUUCAAGAGGCUUGGCGGGGCCAGCCUGCUCUGACUCCCUGGCUCGUGGCAGCCUUAGCCAGGCAACACCCCAAGGGGGUCAGGACUCUGUUCAGAGGCUCAGAGGCCUCCUACCUGGACAUCUGUCUCAGAGCCCCAGCAAUAUUUGUCAAUGAGGCAGCAUUUUGAAAGUGUGUGUCUGUGCGUGUGUGCAAGCAUGAGCUUGAGCGCCACAUGUCCGGAAGGCUCCUCUCACCUUCUCUUAUCUAGAACAUCAAGAUAAAGCAGGUAGAACACUGGUCAGAGGAGGCCAGUGACCCAGGCUCUUCCCUGGCUGUCACCAACUUGCUGUGUCAACCAAAGCACCUUUUUUACUUCUCUGGAUCUCAAUUCAUCUAUGGUUGAACAUGGACAUCUGGCUUAGGGCUGUGAAGGUCUGAGGAAACAGUGGAUGUGAAGGGACUCUAGGAAGUUCAAAGCCAUCUGCAGACAUGAGCAGUGAGACCUGAGGUUCGUCCAGGCAGAGCACCCUUGGGACCUUCAACCUUAGACAAACGCAGCACCCACACCGGCCUUGCUGGGAGAGAGGAUUCCAGAGAGCAAGCCUGGGGCUGGGCUGGGCCACCCUGGAGUCUCAGCAACAUCAAAUUGACAAGUGCCUGGUAUUCUGCCCCCUGGGGUCUCCUCUCUCCACCUCUUGCCCUGUCAGCUGCUCUGCCCUGCCUGGGACAUCUGGGAAAAGGAAAUGAAACACCCAUCACUUCAAAGGAUUUGGAAUCCAGUGUCGUGAAGGACCAAAAGCCAGGAGAUGGGAAACCAAGUCUGGGUGUCUGUGGAUAAAGCAGCUGCAGCUCUGAACUCUUUUUUUCUGGCCAUACCCGCAGCAUGCGAAAAUCCCCAGGCCAGGGAUCAAACCCAAGCCACAGCAGUGAGCCAAGCCGCUGGAGUGACAAUGCUGGAUCCUGAACCGUUAGGCCACCAGGGAACGCUAGCUCUGAACUUGCGACCACCUGCAUCUUCCCUGGAUUUUCUCAGGCCAAAAGCUCUGGCAAUUCCCCCACUUUUGCUCAAGUGCUGCCAGACUGACUUCAGGGUGCUGCCUUCUGUCCUCACACUUCAGUGCACUUGAUUGUUUUAGCUCCUGCCAUCUUUGGGGGCAGGGAGAGGGGGAGGAGGUGUGUUUGGAACCCUGAAGAGCUCGCAAGAGGAAAGGGCCACAGAGAUAGGGGACUUGAGGCAUUGGGAAUGAACUUUCUUUCCUUCAGGAAUUUUCCAGAAGCUGCAGUGGUAACUAGAGUCACCUGGAAUGAGCUCAGUGUCCUCUCAGAUGGUUUCUAGGAACGUGAUGGCCUGAAGGCCGAGGGAUCUUCAAAAAUUAUUAAGCAGGGCAGUGGGUUACAAGGUUCUUCUCCUCACCUGAGCCUUCGCCAGGGCAAGGGGGUGAUGGCUGCUCCUGGUUAACUUGGGAUUCAUCCAGGAGCCUGUCUGAGCUGUUAAGAGGUCAUGGGAGUUGGCAUUUGUGCCUCUUUGUACAGAGAUAUUCAGGGGCAUCAGGAAAGGACACAGGGCUGGUGUGUCAGAACAUCUGCCUGGUCUUCGAGGUCAGUUUCACAGCCAAGAAAAACAGGGAUAGGAAUUAUGUCUUAUUCACCUAUUUUGUGCUAGCAGUUGGGCCAAGUGUUUGGGGAUAUCGAAAUGAACAGGCAUGUGUAUCAGUCAGGCUGGGCUAGGUCGUGCUGCAGUAACAAACCCCAAAUCACAGUGGCAGAGAACAGUUAGGCUUUCUUCUCUCCAGAGCUGCAUGUUUGUCCCAGAUCAACAUGGGACUUUUCUCACUGUACUUAGGGACCCAGGCUCCCAGGGAUCCACCCUCUCCAGUGUGGAUUGCUGGGCUGGAGAGGAAAAGAAAGCUCCAGAGGGUCCCCCACUUGUGAUCAUAGUUUGGUGGCCAGGACUAGCCACAUGCCCCUCUGCCCUGGAGAGGCUGAGCAGCGGGACUCCCGCACUGUACAUGGAAGGAGCAAAACACCUGGGAACAGCCCUGACGAUUCUACAGGAAGACUCUCUAGGGAUUUGCAGCCAGUGAGUGGCAGGAAACCAUGUAAGUGCAUCAGUAUUCUGAGGAUGCUAUGGGAGCACAUUAGGAGGGGUGACUGAGCCCGUCUUCAGAAGGCUUCCCGGAGGUGGGGAUAUGGAGAUGGUACAUGUUGGCCAUGCAAAGCAGGGAGGGUGUAGGUUGGUAGGUAAGGAAAAAGGUCAUUCUGAGUUGAAGGGACAUUCUGAGCAAAGGCCAGGAGGCAGGACAUAGCAUGCCGUCUAAGCAGAUGAGAGCUGCUGGGUAGAGGCAGGUGAGGCUGGAGCUGAGGCUGCUCCCCAGCAGGGCCGAGCAGCUGGAGGGAGUCGGGACACCCUGCACUGCUCAGCAUGUCUGCUUUCACCCCACAGACCACCGCUCCUGCUCCAGACCCAGGACACCCAGGGGCUAGGAUUUCCACCUCUGGACCCUGAGCUCUCAGAGGAGCAUUUCCCUGAUGGGUUCUGAGGAUCACCUGCAUCAGGAAUAGCUGGGGAGCUUGCUCAACUCACACUCCAUGGUGGUUCAGUGAGUUAAGGAUCCAGCAUUGUCACUGCUAUAGCUCUGGU